AUGAAAUUGCAACACAUAUUUGAGAAGCAACCAUCUCCUGAUUCUUUAAAUGCAUCAAGCACUGCAACAUCAAAGCCUAGAUAUGUUUUGGCCAACAACUCAGAUCUCAACUUCUUACCCAUCAAAAUUGACCUGAAUUGUGCUCGCAUGGUGACGGCAGAGUUGGUGGGUACUUUUAUUUUGAUGUUCUGUGUGUGUGGAAUCACUGCAAGCACACGAUUCCAAAAUGGUGCAGUGGGCCUUCUGGAGUAUGCAGCUAUAGCAGGAUUAACAAUGGUGGUGAUUAUUUUCUCUAUAGGGCCAAUAUCUUGUGCACACGUUAACCCAGCAGUCACAAUAGCCUUUGCAACAAUUGGUCAAUUUCCAUGGUUCAAGGUUCCAGUUUACAUAAUAGCACAGACAGUAGGUUCUAUGUCGGCAACAUACAUAGGUAGCCUUGUAUACGGCAUAAAAUCAGAGGCUAUGAUGACCAUGCCACUCCAAGGGUGCAACUCUGCCUUCUGGGUGGAGGUUAUUGCAACUUUCAUCAUCAUGUUCCUCAUUGCAGCUUUGACAUCUGAAUCUCAAUCAGUGGGCCAUUUAUCUGGCUUUGUUGCUGGAAUGGCAAUUGGGCUUGCUGUACUAAUCACAGGCCCAGUCUCAGGUGGAUCAAUGAAUCCAGCAAGAUCAUUAGGUCCAGCAAUUCUCUCAUGGAAAUUCAAGAACAUAUGGAUAUACAUGGUAGCCCCUAGUGGUGGAGCUGUAGCAGGAGCUGCAAUGUUUCGUUUCCUACGCCUUCGAGACCAAAAUUCUAGUAUUUUGUCCUCCCCAAACAUCAGUGAUGUUGGUCGUUCCAUACCCUUUUGCUCAAGUUAGUGCACCAACAUGAAAUACUGUGUAUGCGCUUUUAGACCAAACUAAAGAAACUGCAGAAUCAGUAGUAAUCAUUGCAUAUUAG